AUGGCUGACAAAAAGCCCAAGGAAGGAGUCAAGACUGAGAACAAUGAUCAUGUUCAUUUGAAGGUGGCAGGGCAGGAUGGCUCUGUGGUGCAGUUUAAGAUGAAGAGGCACACGCCACUUAGUAAACUAGUGAAAGCCUACACAUCUGCACAGUUGGAAGUGGAGGAUGAGGAUACAAUUAAUGUGUGCCAAUGGCAGACAGGAGGUGUCUACUAA